AUGUGGGAAGACUGGGCAAUACUUAUUACCUCCAGGGAGCGGGUGUGGGGUCUGCCUGAUGCCACAGCAUCUUCCGCUGGAACACGCAUCGGCAUCCCCGUGUUCCCGUCUUCACACCCCCGCGGGCAGACUUGCAAGAUGAGCAGCGCCAAACAGCUGUACCUUCUGGCCGAUCACAUCAAGCUGUCCCUGCUAGAGCGGCAGCGGGCCCAAAGUCUAGGCUUGGACAAUGAUAGUCAGGAUGGACACUUGUCGCGGUCGCUUGAACACUUCAAAACUGGACUAGUUUCACUAGAGACGGAGAAAGAGAAGCUACAGAGCAACGGCGAUGAAAGCGUGGUAUCAGCCCUGAGCGACUCUAUCCUAGCUCUGCGAGAGCAAUGUGAGAAUCUAACCUCGCAAUUCCACGGGUUUGUAUCGCCAGCAACCAUUGAGACUGUCACGCACCCCAACUCCGAAGCGCUGACGGACGACUUCGAACAUGCGACAUCUACACCAUCCGCCUACCGCAAAUCGAAGUCCGUGAGAUUCAGUGACACGCCUCCAUCACCCUCAGAGGAGUUGUUUGGACGCUAUCGGGAUAAUCCCAUUGACGAUUCUGCCGCAUUCCGCGACCAGGCCGAUGAGAUGUCGAACCAACAAAUCCACGACUACCACUCCCAGAUCAUGGAAGAACAAGACCAACAACUCGAUCGCCUCGGAGUAUCGAUCGGUCGUCAAAGAGAACUUAGUAUGCAAAUUGGGGAUGAACUUGACAGCCACGUUGCCAUGCUAGAUGAGGUAGACGGAGUUGUUGAUCGCCACCAGAGCCGUCUCGACAGAGGGCAGAGAAUGCUCGGCAAGGUCGCAAGAGGCGCGAGCGAGAAUAAGCAAAUGACGGCCAUUGUUUUUCUUAUAAUAAUUCUCGUUCUUCUGAUUGCCAUUUUGAAAUAG